GCGCGUGUAAUGUAAUAGGUCAAAUCAUGGAUGUAUAAGAAGAACAACAUUUUAUUAUGCUUUCAUGGGUCAAAGACAACCAAUAAGUUAUGAAGACAAGAGAAAUGUGUGUAUUUAUACAAGGGAUCCUCUAACAGUGACAGAAUGAGUUGUCAAAGCACAGCAUCCAAUGUUAGAAUUACUCCAGUCCAGCAAAUGGUGUCAUCAUGUUCUGGGGCAAUUCUCACAUCUUUGUUUGUCACUCCCUUAGAUGUUGUUAAGAUUAGACUCCAAGCACAGAGAAAACCAUUCCCCAAAGGGAAGUGUUUUGUCUACUGCAAUGGCCUCAUGGACCACAUAUGUGUGUGUAUGAAUGGAAACUCCAGGGCUUGGUACAAGGCCCCUGGUCGCUUCAAUGGCACAGUGGAUGCUUUUAUCAAAAUAAUGCGUUAUGAGGGGAUCAAGUCUUUAUGGAGUGGCCUUCCUCCAACUCUAGUUAUGGCAGUCCCAGCCACUGUAAUCUACUUCACAUGUUAUGACCAGCUGUGUAUGAUGAUGAAGGCCCAAAUGACAAAUCACACACAGGAAGCUCCUCUGUUUGCUGGUGCAAUUGCUCGAGUUGGCUCGGCGACAGUGAUCAGCCCAUUGGAGCUCAUUCGUACAAAGUUGCAGUCGCAGAAACAGUCCUAUAGGCAGUUGACGGACUGUAUUCGAUCUGCGGUGGAGACUGAGGGCUGGUGGUCGCUAUGGCGUGGUUUGGGUCCCACUCUCCUCAGAGAUGUGCCCUUCUCUGCCAUGUACUGGUACAACUACGAACGAGCCAAAGCUUUAUUGUGUCAGCACUACAAUAUCUCUGAGCCAACUAUUAGUAUCAGCUUCAUAUCGGGAGCUUUGUCUGGAUCGUUUGCGGCCAUUGUUACGCUACCUUUUGAUGUGGUCAAAACAAGAAGACAGGUGGAGCUGGGUGAACUGCAAGCUAAGAACUUGUCGUGUCAGGGGUCCUCGACUUUCAGAUGUAUGCAAAAGAUUGUGGUGGAGCAAGGCUUGUCUGGGCUGUUUGCUGGUUUUCUACCCAGGUUGAUUAAAGUGGCUCCUGCCUGUGCCAUCAUGAUAAGCACAUAUGAGUUUGGGAAGGCUUUUUUCCAUAAGCGCAAUCAGGCGAGAUCAUUACAAUAUAGCGAAUACUAGCGACGAUAAGAACAGAAAAAUAUGCCAACUCAACAAAUUAUGUAUAAAAACAGACGUAUUUAAGAAAUGUAUAUGAUUUAUUUAUACUGUGUAGUUUUAUGUUCACAUUUGUAAUUUUUGUUGAACAAAUAAACAAAAAUAUUUUUUUAAAUCUAAGAAAAACAGCAGGUGGCAGUAUUAACAUUUGUUACCACACGCACCUACAUAAAGCUCUUUGAUUGUGUUGCCUCGUGGAGAUCCAGUUUGUUACAGGGGAAAAAUAAUAAUAUAAUAAUAAUAUAAAAUAAAAUAUGUGAACAUGUGAGAAGAGGACUUGUAUCUUCCAUGUCUAACCUGUGCAUAAUAAACUGUGACUUUAAAUUUAAAUUA